UAAUCUCCAAAACCAAUUGAGAUCAAUUAGAUCAAUCUAUGUUUUAUUUUAUUUAGUCCAAAAAGCUAGAAUAAUAUAUAUCCAAAGAAUAAAUAUGGUUCAAGAAGAGAGUAGUACACCAUACAACUACGAUUAUGACUCUGGAACUUCUUUUACAACUUUUAAUUGGGCCGAAUUGACGCCGACGUUAAUGGUUUAUUCUGUAACGUUUUUGGUUGGAUUGUGUGGAAAUAGUUUGAUCAUCGUGGCGACGUAUAGAUAUCGAAAGAUGCAGAGCGUGACAAAUAUUUUGUUGGCUAGUUUGGCGUCCGCAGAUCUUUUGCUAAUUGUAAUAUGCAUACCGGUGAAGUUGGCUAAAUUAUUUUCAUAUACUUGGACCAUGGGUCUCAUUUUAUGUAAAUUGGUGCACUAUAUGCAGAACCUUUCGGCUAUUUGUUCAGUUUUGACAUUGACAGCAAUUUCUAUUGAACGUUACUAUGCGAUACUGCAUCCCAUGCAAGCCAGAUAUAUUUGCACCGUCAGCCAAGCUAGGAAGGUCAUAGCAGUCACGUGGAUACUAGCCAUUUUGCUCGCAACUCCCGUAAUAUUUGUUCAGGAGCACAUGAAAGUUGGUAUCAAUCAAACAGCAUAUUGGUGUUCAAAAAAUUGGGAAAAUAGUGGUUUAUAUAAAGCACACGAACUUUACAUGUUGUUGCUUGUUUUAAUAAUUCCAACAAUAAUAAUGACUUAUGCCUAUAAAAACAUAUGUUUUGAAGUAUGGAAAGUGGUCGCAUUAAGAUCAGUGAUGACAAGCAGAGAAGUUUUAGAGAAGUCAAGAUGUGGUUCAAUAAGAACAGAUAAUGUGUACAUUAAUUUAAAUGAUUCAUCGAAAUCAAAAAGUGUUGAUAAUCGAAAUGAAGAUACAAAAACUGUUCGUCAAGUAAUACAUAUGUUGGUAGCUGUCGUUGUUCUUUUUGCAAUUUGUUGGGGUCCGCUAUUGAUUGAAAAUGUGUUAACAGCUUACGAAAAAUUACCAUUUGAAAAAAUCGGUAUACACAAAUACGUAUUAACCGCUUUUACAUUAAUGGCUUAUGUCAAUAGCUGUAUAAACCCAAUAAUUUAUGGGUUUAUGUCGAAAAACUUUCGGGAUAGCUUUCAAUCGGCUCUCUGCUGCUUUUCCAGAAGAUGGCAGAGACAAAAUGCGGUAAACACGACUAAUUAUAGCACAAGGCAGAUCUCUAGAUCCAGCACUCACACAAAACACACAUCCAUAAGAUAAAAAUAUGAAAAUUUUAAAAAUAAUGCAGGAAAUUAUAAAUGAAAUAUUUGUUCUGUAUGUACUUAAUUCUAAGAGUUUAUAUUUAAAAUAUAAAUAUG